UCAGAUUUCCAGCCACAAAGCAAAACCUUUGAAACGGUGAGUGAGAUUAUAUACGAUCUCUAAGUCGACAUAUAACUUCUGGAUUGAGAAUCUAAUAAACGUUUAUUAUAUCCUUUGAAGUUUAGUGCGCUACUGAUGGCAAAUCAACCAAAUACCCGGAAGCGUUUUCAAACUGAUGGAAAGCCACCCACCUACCAAGAAACUGGGAUCACUGGUGCUUCCGAGCAUGCUGUGCUGUAUAAUGAAGUAUCAAAUUCAUUUUGGGCGCUUUUGGAUUGGCUGAUUUCAAUAUGGAGAUUUGGAUUUGGAAGGCAGAAACCUAGCACUACUGUUUCUGGCAAUCAAGCAGUUAGUGGAAACACCAGGGACCAAAAUGGAAGUUUCCCUGUUGGCAACACUCCGCGGAAGCGUGCUCGGAAAAAAGUCAAACCCAAUUCCAGCAAUUCCUCCACCAAUGCGAAGUCGAGUCCUCAAACACAGAUCACCAAAGACGACAAACCUAAACAUGAUCAGAAACCUAGCGCUACUGUUUCUGGUAAUCAAGCAGUUAGUGGAAACACCAGGGACCAAAAUGGAAGUUUACCUGUUGGCAACACUCCGCAGAAGCAUGCUCGGGAAAAAGUCAAAGCCAAUUCCAGCAAUUCCUCCACCAAUGCGAAGUCGAGUCCUCCUCAAACACAGAUCACCAAAGACGACAAACCUAAACAUGAUCAGAAACCUAGCACUACUGUUUCUGGUAAUCAAGCAGUUAGUGGAAACACCAGGGACCAAAAUGGAAGUUUCCCUGUUGGCAACAGUAGCAAUUCCUCCACCAAUGUGAAGUCGAGUCGUCCUCCUCAAACACAGAUCACCAAAGACGACAAACCUAAAGAUGUUCAGAAACCUAGCAUUACUGUUUCUGAUAAUCAAGUUAGUAGAAACACCGGGGAUGAUAAUGGAAGGUUUAUUGUUGGCAACGCUCCGGGGAAGCAUGCUCGGAAAAAAGACAAAGCCAGUUCCAGCAAUUCCUCCACCAGUGCUAGGUCGAGUCGUCCUUCUCAAACACAGAUCAGCGAAGACGACAAACCUGAAGAUGAUCGGAAACCUUGUAUUGUUGUUUCUGGUAAUCAAAUUAAUGACAACAUAGGGCACCGUAAUGGAAUGUUCUCUGUUGGCAAAGCUACGGGGGAGCAUGCUCAGAAAAAAGACAAAGCCAGUUCCAGCAAUUCCUCCACCAGUGCUAGAUCGAGUCGUCCUUGUCAAACACAGGUCAGCGAAGAUGACAAACCUGAAGAUGAUCGGAAACCUUGUAUUAUUGUUUCUGGUAAUCAAAUUAAUGACAACAAAGGGCACCGUAAUGGAAUUUUCUCCGUUGGCAACACGUAAGCAGGUUGUUGUAAACAUUCAGUGAUGUCAAACGAGACUCUCUAGAUCUACGAAGAUAUUGGUCAAACAGAAAACCAUCGGUUAUUAAAUUAACCGGACUGUGAUCGAAGUUGACAGAAAAUGACUAUAGUUUGGUGUGCAAUUUGUAUUUGACAUGCGUACUGUUUUCUUGGUAGAUAUGCAUAGCUCAUUUGUUUUUCCUGAGUACACGUAUUGUAAUGAUAGACCCAUUGCAAUAUUUGCAGUCAUGCUUUGUGUUGUUGUGCUCGUGGAGCGGUGUUUGGGAAUUAGCUGGAUUUGCUGAUUUUUUUUCUUAAAAA